AUAAACAAGCUCAAUGCAGUAGUGUAAUUUUGUAAUUGUAAUUUACGGUAACCUGUUGGUUUUACCAGUUGUAGGAAACACUUAGGUUUUAUUCAAUAUCGUACAGAAAUUCUCAUUCUGAUAUCAGUCUACAAUAAUAGGCUUUCGUAUUCAAUCUAACAAAUUACCGGAAAAGGUGGCGCAUGUUAUACUAUUUUGGACUGAAUGAUAUUGGAUAAUGGACCAGCAGGUUGACGUGGUUAAAAACCGCGAAUCGCCCAGUAAACCGACAUACAGCUGCGAUAUAUGUGGCAUAAAUUGUCUCGGAAAUAGUCACUUGACGCACCAUAAGCGUAUUCACACAGGGGAAAGACCCUUCAAGUGUGAUUACUGUGGUAAAACUUUUGUCAGAAACACUGACCUCAGGGUUCACGUCCGGUUGCAUACGGGUGAAAAACCGUACCAGUGUGAACUUUGUGGCGAAGGAUUCGCAAGAAACUAUCAACUAACACAUCACACAAGUGUUCACACCAAUGUGAAACCGCACAAAUGUGAUGUGUGUGGCAAAGAAUUUAUAAAACAUGGUAGUCUCACAAUACACAAACGUAUCCACUCGAACGAGAAGCAGUACGAGUGUGAUUUUUGCGGCAAACACUUUAUGACUAGUGGAAACUUGGCACAUCAUAGGCGCAUCCAUACGGGAGAACGCCCGUAUAAAUGUGAUGUCUGUGAUAAAACGUUUACCGGUAGUAGUUGCCUGAAGAAGCACCGACAGAUUCACACAGGCGAAAAUUCCUACAGAUGUGACGAAUGUGGCAAAGAGUUUAUACUGAGUGGUAGCCUUAAAAUGCACAAGCGCACCCACACCGGUGAACGGCCGUACAAAUGUACCUUUUGUCAAAAAGUAUUCUCCAACAACAGCAAUCUUACGCACCACGAACGUAUUCAUACGGGCGACAAACGCUAUAAAUGUGACAUAUGUAAUAAGGAAUUCAUUGCCAGUAAUACGAUGAAGAACCAUCGGCGUACUCAUACCGGCGAAAGGUCUCACCAGUGCACCGUGUGCACGCGGAAAUUUAUUACAAGCAGUAAUUUGACGCAGCACAUGUAUACUCAUACCGGAGAAAGGCCACAUAAAUGUGAUGUGUGUGGCAAGGGAUUCAACAGAAACAACCGACUUACCAAACAUCUGGCACUGAUUCACAAACAACAGAUAAGCUAGAAUUAGAACUGAUACAGUAAUCAUUUGUCUAAUUUGGGUUCGGUGUGGUAUUAAGAUGUCGACAUUUAAAAUUAUAAUAUUGAAAAUAAAGAAUGUGAUGAACUCUCGUUCUA